AUGAGUGACCGAAAGUGGCUGUACGACUUUAAACAAAGCAAGACGGCCGCCCAUUGUCACCGCUCACUGUCCCUCGUGUUUGGACAAGACGUUAUCUCCAGAAGCCAGUGCCGCCGUUGGUUUCAGCGUUUUGCUAAUGGAAACGAAUCCCUCGGAGACGAAGAAUACGAUAGCCCCCCAGUCGUCGUCGAUAACCAAGGGCUGCUAGCCGGAAUCGAGGAGGAUUCCACUCAGACUGUUCGCUCUCUUGCAGAGCACUUCAGAUGCUCCAAAGAUCAGAAGAUCGAGUACUUCGACGCGGUGAAAAUUUGGGUGGACAACUUUUCUACCGCGACGGCCUCCAUUCCUUGCGUGGGCGAUGGAAGAGUGUCGCUGAUAAUUGUGGACAAUAUAUUGCUGAAUAAACUUGCUCCUGUCAUUACUUGUAAUAUUUGA